AUGACCGACUACACCGAUAACGCCGGAACCACCUACGGGAACACCAACACCUAUGACACGACGGGCGCUACAACGGGUUACGGUACCACGGGAACCACCUAUGACAACACAGGCUAUGGCGGCACAACCGGCUAUGGCACCACGGACACUGGCUAUGGCACGACCGGCACGACCGGCACGACAGGCUAUGGCACCACGGCUGGGACCACAGGCUACGGCACCAGAGGCUACGGCACCACCGCUGGCACAUACGGCACCACCUACGACAACGGCUACGGCACGACCGCCUACGAUCCCGCCUCUGGAGCGUACGACCAGCACAUGGACUAUCGUACCGAUGGCUCGACGAGGCAUCACCGUGAGAGAGUGAAUCCUAGCGGGACAUAUCGACACCGCGAUGUCGAUCGCCGCGAUGACGGCUCCACCCAUGUCCAUAGGGAAUAUGACAACCCUAAUACCGGGACCAGCUACCACCGGGACUAUGAGCGAUAG